AUGGUUGAUUACAAAGACCUCGUAGAGUUCGCGAUUUUCCCAGCUCUCAAUGUUGCACGUGUUGGUAAUUCCGAAAAUGAAUAUUAUGUUGGAUCCGAAAUUCCUGGAGUGCAUGUUGGAGAGGGUAACUCUGAGUUCACAUUUAAGGAUAAAAAUGGUCAAGUGAAACCACAAGCUGCAAGGUUCAGAAUCUAUGGUUACAAAAACAAAAAUGAUAAGGACCCAGCAUGCGAGAUCAAGCUUAACGGUGAUCCAAACGUGGAGGUGAAGAUUACUUGGACCGUUACUCUUGCUAACAAGAAAGCAGCACAUCAGUCUUUCUCCGGUAUCAAGCACUUUUACCAAGAUGCCUCUAUGCGAAAUGCUGAUUGGCCCCAUGAUAGGUCUACAUUAGAGGCAAUUAAAGAGGAAAAUCUAUCUUCUGAAGAGUAUAAGUAUGGGACUGGGACGAAGGAAAAAAAAUUAAUGGCGCGUGUUUAUCGCAAUCUUGCCAAUUAUAACAGUGGGAAGGAACUAUACUUAGGCAAGAUAAUAUUUGAGCAAACAGGGAGUUUGCUAGUUAUUGGUGGAAAGGGAGAGUCUGGAAGCAUCAAAGAUGAUGUCUUUAUUACUGAUUACGCGAACAACGAUUAUUGGUACGAUGACACUUCGGAUGGCUCUGUAGAUGCCACCAUCACCAUUACCCCUAAUGGCGGUACUAGUCGUUGUCUCACGAAUAGAGAGGGCAAGUCAUGGGUUCUCGUGGCACCUCCAAAGUUUGCACCAGGUAUUCCCAAUCUGAUAUCAUUAUAUCAAAUUAUCUCGGAAACGCAGCAUCCAGUCGAUCCAGAGCAUAUCGAUCCAGAUAUUAUAUUCGAUCUAUAUAAUAAGGAUCCUAAGGUAAAUUAUUAUCGUGACAUCCGCCCGAUAUUUGAAGCUAUCUGUAAGAGCUCCUGGGUUAAUACGAUGGCUUUAACGGGUCAUGGCCUGAACAAACCAGGUUACUUUUUAAAUCCCGACUUGGAAGCGCGUCUGAAAGAUAAUUCAGACGAUCAGAAGGAUUUGAGGAAAAGCGUCCUCUCUCGUAUCCGGGUGCCUGCUGAUCUCGCAUCCUUAGUCGAAUAUAACGGUCAAGCCUAUAAUUACUUUAUGCCACCUUUAUCUGGCAAUGAUGGAGAUGCCACACCUACCGCUCCAGAUACGUAUUUGACCGUUACUCGUGGUCAAUACCUCCUCCUAGAAAAAUGGGCAGAUGGGUCUUUCGUGACAGGAAGGCAGCCAAAAACAUACCACUACAAGUUUAUAGAUGAUGGAGACCAUCCCCAGUACAAAUUAGUUGAUGAAGACCAUCCUCAAGGUGGUAGUUACCAAAAGUUCGAAGAAACUAUUAAGGAGGUUUCUGAGCAAGUCAAGUGUCUCAACAAAGCACCGCUUGAAUGGUGUGUUGGAGGUCCAUUCUAUCCUGGAAUUGAAAUGUCAUUUGUGGCUUAUGACAAAAAUACAUUUCAUAAAAAAUAUGAUUUCAGAAUCAAUUCUGAUGUUAUAGAACCUGGAGACAUUAAUGCAUACAUGGCUGUACCUUGGCAAGCCGAUUUUUACGAGUGCAAUACACACUGGUGGCCAGCUCAAAGACCUGAUAUCGCGAUUCCGUAUACGAAUGAACAAGACAUCAUCAAGUAUGGCGUUAAGUUAGAUUACUUCAAGGAAUGGACUCGUGGGUUUAGAAAUAACGAUGUAAGUGAAGGCGACCCUAAAUGGGGUAAUAUGGAGAUGGUUAGGGCAUGGGAUAGAUUAGGGUUUAUUGUCGAGAAGCAACUAGAAGGCACGCAAACGAAAGCAUUCUUUGAAACUGAACGCAAUAACCUUUACAAAAUAGCUGACCAUAAGAUAAUUAAAGAUGAAGCAACCCUAGAUGAUCUCUAUGAGCUUCUUCGAAUUGCAUUAAUGGUUGAACUCAGCACUAUUCCACCAUAUCUUUAUGCUUUGUAUUCGAUCAAGCCAGGAACGAAGAUUGGUGACAAAGUGAGAAGUCAAAUUCGCCAUGUCGCUGCAGAAGAAAUGUUACAUGCAUCCCUUGUGGCGAAUCUUAUUGUUGCUAUUGGACGCCAGCCUACAUUCUAUUCCCGGGAAAUGAUUCCUUUCUACCCGAAUCCUCUUCCUCACUUUCAACAGGGUAUGCUUAUGGUCCAUUUGUCAAAGGCAGAUGAGACUACUCUCGAUACAUUCAUAAAAAUUGAAGCUCCGGAACCACGCAAACUCAUCGAACCCAUAAUAGAUGAAGAUGAAAUAAAUGUUGAUAGUAUCGGGCAACUCUAUGAACUUAUCGAGGAUAUCUUUAAAAAACUUGACGAUCAGAUUAAGUAUAAUACACUAUUUCAGCUUGGACCUGGCAUGGGCUACUCUCCUAGCACUGGUACAGGAAAGGAUGGAUUGAUUGUCAUUAAAGAUUUCGAUGCUGUUAAGCGCGCUAUUGAAUUGAUCAAAACUCAGGGAGAAGGUGGGACAAGUGGGAUAGAAGAGUAUAUAAUUGUAACAAUCGAUCGAGAUAUCAAUAGAAGCAUCAAUGGAAGCAUCAGUGCAAACUUCAAGGGAUUAAAAGUAACAAGCGAAAAGGUAACCGGAGACACAAAUAUAGAAGACAUAGUCGGAGAAAUGUUUAUAGAAACAUGUAUAGAACGGACCGAAGUAAAAACCGAAAAGGGAGGAAAAUUUGAAAAAAUGUUCGGAGAAAUGAUCGAAGGAGAAACUGAGGAAGGAAGAAGAAUCAAAGAAAAAAUCAAAGAAAUGAUCGAAGAAGGAACUGAAGGAGGAAGAAGAAUCAAAGAAAAAAUCGGAGAAAUAACCGGAAUCAAAGCAAUAACUGAAGAAAUAAAAAAAACUAAAGGAAGAAUUGAAGGAAGAAUUGAAGGGAGAAUUGAAGCGCGAACUGAAAAGGGAAGAGAAAUUGAAGGAAGCAUCCAAGGAACAAUAACCGACCAAACAUUCACCGGGAUAAUCGAUAGCUCUCAUUAUGGAAUAUUUAAAUGCUGUAAGUACGAGGUUAAAGGCGCGUCCGAGUCAGAUUAUCAGCUUUGGCCUGUUAUGGAUGAUCCAAAUGAGUUAUCGACCACUGACCCAAACAUCAUUGCCACCAUCGCUGCUUUUGAUGCCGCCUAUUCUUACCUUAUGCUCUUGUUACAAGUCUCUUGGAAAGCUGAUGGCCAGAAGAAAAAAAUGUUGGUAAUGGGCGGAAUGCCAGCACUGAUGCAUGGUGUUUUGAAGCCUAUUGCGACGUUUCUUGCUGAAACUCCCAUUUCCGCUGACAAAAACGCGGGUGCCACCUUUGGCUAUUACAAUUUUACUCGCACAUCCAGUCCAAAACAGCAACUGCUUGCAGCUGUUCAAUCGGCUUCUGAAGCCUUUCCGCGUAACGACAACUUAAAGAAUGUGGUGACAGCAGUUACAUCGUUGCCAGAUAUUUCCUUAGAAGUUUUCAGUGAAGUGUAA